AUGGAACUGACAACUUGUGUAGCUCCCGCGCUGAUUGCCGACUCCAGCCUGGAGGGCUGGGUAGUAAUCGGCUCCGGAGGGUUUGGACAAAUCUACAAAGCAAGACAUAGUCAAUGGUGCUGCGAUGUGGCUGUCAAACUGCUUCAUUAUGAUGAUGGGACCAGUUCAUCUUUGCUGCGAGAGGUUGAAAUGAUGCGUCAAGGAAGCAGCCCAUAUGUUAUUCAAGUCCUUGGAGUCUACAAGGGUCGACCGCCCAAGUCUGGACCAUCAGUACACCUCGGUCUGGUCAUGGAGUUCAUGGAGAGAGGAACACUGGCAUCCCUACAGGAUACCUUACAUGGAGCCCCACCCUGGCCGCUGGUCUUCAGGCUUGCCCACCAGGUGGCUCUGGGUAUAAACUUCCUUCACAGUCUCUCCCCUGCCCUGCUCCACCUGGAUCUGAAGCCCAGCAACGUGCUGAUGGACUCCUAUCUGAAUGCCAAGCUUACAGAUUUUGGCCUUGCCAGAUUUUCCCAAAGCUUCAAACGGAUGUCCAAGAAGAACAUCGAAGAGGAAGGGGGAACAAUCAGCUACAUGCCACCGGAGGCGUUUGGUGUCUCGUACAGCCCUACACGGGCCUCUGAUAUCUACAGCUAUGGUAUACUCCUGUGGUCCCUUGUCACAGGGAAACAACCAUAUCCAAAUGCAAUGUCCAGCAUUGUGCGGUUUCGCAUCCCGCAGGGAGACAGACCCUCUCUGGAUGAGAUCAGUGGUCAGGAAACAGGACUGGCAGGGCUGACAGGAUUGAUGGAGCUCAUGGUGAAAUGCUGGGAGCAAAGACCUGCCCAAAGGCCCACCUCCCGUGAGUGUACAACAGUGACAGAAGAACUGUUUAAGAUGCAAAAACAUGCAAUUAUUGAUUCAGUCCAUCAAGUGCUGAAAAAACUGGACCAAAGGGAACAAGACAGAGUAACAGAGCAGAAUCAAAGAUUUGAUAUCUCUCAGACUUCAGUGAACGCCGGACUUCAAGGUUUAAACCUUUGUGAUGACGUACCAACAGGACACCCCCCAGUUCAGGAAAUCGCUGACGGUUUCACUCCAAAUCCAAAAGGCAAUUCACAACUCAAAGAUAAGCCAUCACCUCGACCUACAAGUAUGUGUCAUAAUGAGCAAAUUGACCGCCCAUCAUCAAGUUAUGAAGUGAAGCCUUCCUCUGUUCAUCCCCUUCAUUCGUCACCAAAGUCUCCUCCGACUCCUCUGACUCCUCUGAAUCCUCCGAAUCCUCCGAAUGGGAGGUCACCUCAAGGAAGACCAGCAAACACUUCUCAGUCGGCUCAGUUUCAGCGUCAGUUUUCCAGCCCCGACACCUUCUCAUUCCAUAGUCCCCCUACUCGUGGAAUCCGCAUAAAUCUCAGCAAUGUAAUUGGAUUUCAGCAAGGCAACAACAACACCAUGUUCAUCAACGAGUAUGCCGUUGACUCCUUAGAGAGGAGACGCCACCCAACAGCGCCAUCUAGCGUUAACCUCCCGCCGCCACAUUUAGGAGGCAGACAGAACACAGGAGGAGCCGGCUGAGUUCAUGUGAAGCUUUUCAACUCUUCCAGUUCUCUUCUACAGUUCUCUAAGUUUGGUUGAACCUUUCUUGCACAACAGGAAGGUCAUGGUUUUGUAAAAGAAGCUCCAGGUGUUAAAGCGUAUAGCUAUAUUUUACAUUUUUAAUGCAUUUUGCUGUUGAAAUCUGGAUUCAGAUAUUGUUUACUGUACGGCAAGCUUUUAAUAAUUGGGCUUUGGAUUUUGCUUUUACAAUCCUUAUUUAUUUUCCGCUUCUUUUACUUGAAAAUCAAAAUGAAAAACUCACACCUCACUUUUGCCCUGUCAGCAGUAUAAAUAUGAGCCAAGUCUGGUCAUAUGGUUUUUGCUUUUACACCAACUGUGGCCAACAAGAAUCCACAGUCACAGUGCCAGCACAGCACAUCGUGCCAGAAAUCGCCUGAAAACAAGAACCCUUAAAAUAUAAUCAAGACUAUCCUCACAUAUGUAUUAUGGUAGAUUAGGCCUAUUAAUGCCAGAUGCACAUAUAAGGAGUAACGAACACUCUAUUUGAAAAUCAGUUAAUUAAACACAGCAACACUUUAACUAUAUUCCUAAUCCUGGAGUCUCCACCUGUUUUAUUGGGGUUUAACAGACAACAAGAAUAACCUGCAAGUGUUGUUUUGAUCCAAUGUGGUCAUUUUCAUCUGCACUGACCAAUCUAAUUUCAAUCAUCAAAAUAUACUGUGUAUAUUAAUUCAGAUAUGUGUGUCUGGAAAGUGUAAAUAUUGUGCCGUUGGUCUGUUAUUACAAAAAUUUGUGAUGCCAAGAAAUGUUCAGUGCAUUUUCUUAAAAUAUCCAACAAGACAUUAAUUUCUUUUAUUGCAGGAAAGUGCAUAAACUGAUGAGCAAUACUUUUGCUGCCAUAAAUAGUUUUUGCAUAGCUUCUUGCACCUGAAUACUUCGUUCAGUUAACGCAUGAUGUAGCUUCAAUGAAGGAACAAAAAUAUAUGGAAUAUUUAAGUGAUGUUUUGCAGUGUGUAAAAAUGCUUUUUUUGAAAGAAAAAGUCUGGUUUUAUUCUAUAGGUCACUUAUUGUCAACAAAUCUUGUGAGAAGACUAAAAAGCAACGUCUGACUCUCAAUACUUCCCUCUCUGUGGUUCUCAACUUGAAGGACCUAAGUUCUUAUUGAAGAUAUAAAUCUUUAAAAACAGGUCAAAAAUAUAAAUUGUCAUUUUUAAAAAAAGGGUUUGGAUUUCCUGAAACAGCUUGGCACUCUUUUAGCAAAAGUAACUUGAAGAGAAGUAAACAGUGCAUAUGUUGGGGACUAUUUUUAAUUAGCAGAUAAACACACAUUCAGUAUUAUAAUGGGUAUUUAAGGCAGCAGAAUGGUAAUAAUAUAUAAUGAACUACAGUGGAUAAUUCAAGUUUGAAAACACAGACAAUACUAUUCUUUUCACAGGAUUUGUUGACAAUAACAAUAAUAUAGGAAAUCACCAGCCUGAUCCUUUAACUUUGAAGGUGCUUAAUUGGAAAUAAGCAGUAAGGGAAUGUGA